AUGCGGCUCACCGCCGACCUCAUCCGGGAUUCCCUAUCCUACCUCAAUCCUCUGAAGGAGCGAGAGCUUGAUCUCCGAGGACACCGAAUUCCAGCGAUUGAGAACUUGGGUGUUGCUGGCCCUCACGAUGCCAUCGACUUCACCGAUAACGACAUUCAAGUACUGGGAAACUUUCCCCUGUCGCCGCGCAUAACCACCCUUCUCCUCGCGCGAAACCGAGUCUCGAGCAUCCAGCCCUCUCUGGCCAAGGCCAUCCCGAACCUUGCCAACCUCGUGCUAUCGUCAAACAACCUCGUCGAGCUCGCGGAUCUGGACGCGCUAGCGUCGUUCCCCCGAUUGACGCACUUGGUCCUGUCAGAUAACCCUGUUUCCAAGAAGGAGAACUACCGAUACUGGGUCCUCUGGAAAUGCCCCUCUGUACGAUUUCUCGACUUCGUCAAGGUGAAGGAGUCUGAGCGAGAGCAGGCUCGUGAAUUGUUUGGAACUGAGGAAGAGCCAACUGCUUUGGCUGCCAAGAUCCAAGGUAUCAAGACCACCAACUUUAGCACCUCCGCCGACGGCUCGGAAGCGCCCUCCAAGCUUUCACGAAUAAAGCUCACCGAUGCCGAGAAGAAGCGAUUGCAGGAACGCAUCAAGAAGGCGACCAGUCUGCAGGAGAUCAUUGCACUGGAGAAGGAGCUCAACGAGGGACGUCUGCCCUCUGGCAUUCACGGAGAUGCCAUGGAGGAAUAA